AUGACUUCACGCAUGGAGUUUACCGACCGGGGCAAGAAGGCCCUGGAGGAUGCCAUGAGUCUGGCCGAGCAAUACGCCCACUCGCAACUUCUGCCAGUCCACCUUGCAGUCUCGCUGCUGGACCCGCCCCCGGACCAGUCCAAGGACCAGCAGAACAACCCCCCGCCGAACAACAGCCUCUUCCGCCAGGUUGUCGAGAGAGCCCAUGGCGACCCGCAACUCUUCGACCGAGCUCUCAAGAAGCGCCUGGUGCGCAUGCCCAGUCAAGACCCCCCGCCCGAGAAUGUAUCCAUGGCCCCUACCUUCAGCGCCGUCCUCCGGAAGGCACAGGACCUGCAAAAGACACAGAAGGAUGCCUACGUCGCAGUGGACCAUCUGAUCGCCGCCCUGUCCGAAGACCCGGGCGUCUCCGAGGCGCUGAAGGAAGCCAACAUCCCCAAGCCUAAGAUGGUUCAGGAUGCCAUUCAGGCGAUUCGCGGCACCAAGAGAGUGGACUCCAAGACGGCAGACACCGAGGAGGAGCACGAGAACUUGGCCAAGUUCACCAUCGACAUGACGGCCAUGGCGAGAGAAGGCAAGAUCGAUCCCGUCAUCGGCAGAGAAGAAGAGAUCAGACGGGUUGUCCGUAUCCUGUCCCGACGAACCAAGAACAACCCGGUCCUGAUCGGUGAACCCGGUGUGGGAAAGACAACAGUCGUGGAAGGAUUGGCGCAACGUAUUGUGAACGCCGAUGUCCCCGACAACCUGGCUGCUUGCAAGCUCCUAUCCCUCGAUGUCGGUGCCUUGGUUGCCGGAAGCAAGUACCGCGGUGAAUUUGAGGAGAGAAUGAAGGGAGUUUUGAAGGAGAUCUCGGAGGCCAAGGAGAUGAUCGUCCUGUUCGUCGACGAAAUCCACUUGUUGAUGGGCGCGGGUUCUUCAGGCGAGGGCGGAAUGGACGCGGCCAACCUCCUGAAGCCCAUGCUAGCUCGAGGUCAGUUACACUGCAUUGGUGCAACCACCCUCGCCGAGUACCGAAAGUACAUUGAGAAGGAUGCCGCGUUCGAGCGGAGAUUUCAACAAGUCAUUGUCAAGGAGCCCACCAUUCCCGAGACAGUGUCCAUUCUUCGAGGUCUCAAGGAGAAAUAUGAAGUUCACCAUGGUGUCACCAUCGCCGAUAGCGCCAUUGUGGCUUCUGCCACCCUAGCUGCACGCUACCUCACGUCCAGACGACUUCCCGACUCGGCGGUCGACUUGAUAGAUGAAGCUGCCGCAGCCGUACGAGUUGCCAGAGAGUCCCAACCCGAAAUUAUUGAUUCGCUUGAGCGAAGACUGCGACAGCUCAAGAUCGAGAUUCACGCACUCAGCCGAGAGAAGGACGAUGCCUCCAAGGCUCGGCUCCAGCAAGCCAAGCAAGACGCCGAGAAUGUUGAGGAAGAGCUUCGGCCGCUGAGAGAGAAGUACGAGAGUGAGAGGCGUCGGGGCAAGGAUAUCCAGGAAGCAAAGGUCAAGUUGGACCAGCUCAAAGUCAAGGCUGAGGACGCGGCAAGAAUGGGCGACCAUGCUCGUGCUGCCGACCUGCAGUACUAUGCACUUCCAGAGCAAGAGGAGGCCAUUAAGAAGUUGGAGAAGGAGAAAGCGAUGGCCGAUGCUGCUCUGAACCAGAACGAUGUUGGUGGCUCCAUGGUCACUGACGUCGUCGGCCCGGAACAAAUCAACGAGAUUGUCUCCCGCUGGACCGGCAUUCCCGUCACCCGGCUCAAGACCAGCGAAAAGGAAAAAUUGAUAAGGAUGGAGGGUGCUUUGGGCAAGCUCGUGGUUGGCCAAAAGGAGGCUGUUACCGCCGUCUCCAAUGCAAUCCGACUACAACGAUCUGGCCUGAGCAACCCCAACCAGCCGCCCAGCUUCUUGUUCUGCGGUCCUUCAGGCACCGGUAAGACGUUACUUACCAAGGCGCUUGCCGAGUUCCUGUUCGAUGAUCCAAAGGCCAUGAUCCGAUUCGACAUGUCAGAGUACCAAGAGCGUCACGCCCUCAGCCGCAUGAUCGGUGCUCCGCCUGGCUAUGUUGGGCAUGACGCGGGCGGCCAGCUUACCGAGGCACUACGGCGCAAGCCCUUCUCUAUCUUGCUAUUCGAUGAGGUAGAGAAGGCUGCGAAGGAGGUCUUGACAGUGCUCCUUCAGCUGAUGGAUGACGGUCGAAUCACCGAUGGACAAGGUCGUGUCGUUGACGCAAGAAACUGCAUUGUCGUCAUGACGUCCAACUUGGGUGCCGAGUUCCUGGCUCGCCCUGCUGGUCGUGACGGCAAGAUCGACGCAACGACUCGGGAACUCGUCAACAACGCCCUUCGCAACUACUUCCUACCCGAGUUCUUGAACCGCAUCAGCUCGGUUGUCAUCUUCAACCGUCUGACACGCAAGGAAAUCCGCAAGAUUGUUGACCUACGUGUCGGCGAAAUCCAGAAGCGAUUGUACGACAAUGAUCGCAAUGUCCGCAUUGAGAUUUCGGAGGAGGCCAAGGACUACCUCGGCAAUGCUGGAUACUCACCGGCGUAUGGCGCUCGACCCCUCGCAAGACUUAUCGAAAAGGAGGUCCUUAACAGGAUGGCUGUUCUCAUCCUGCGCGGCGCCAUUCAGGACGGCGAGACAGCAAGAAUCGUCAUGGUCAACAACAAGAUCCAGGUCCUGCCCAACCACACGGACAGUGAGCUUGGUGAUGAGGAAGACAUGUUAAUCGACGAUGAGGAUGCAGUGGAGGACCUUGUCCCAGAUGAUAUGGACGAGGAUAUCUACGAUUAA